AUGGGCACGAUUCGCAAUGCUUCCGGCAAAUCCCAGUACGGUAUUCAUACAACCCUUCGCAUCCGUGAGCAUGUGCCGCCCGAGCCCUUCACCGGCUCGUACGGACCAUGCCCCCGUCCACCCGUCUACUGGAGCCGCUGGAAAGACCAGGACUUGUGGAAGAUUGACCGUGUGGAGUUCGCACUGGCUAACCCACCACUCGAGACGAAACCGCCAGGCUCGCUUGAGCGCAUCUUGACUGUGACGGGCAUCAAGACCAUCCGAGACCAAGGCGGAACCCAUGCCUGGGCCUAUAGGACCAUGCAACCCAUCAUUGGAGGGACUGUCGUCCCGGCCUACCACGGGUCCUGGACUUUCACUAUCGGCCAGCGAUGGGUCCACACGAUCCUCAUCAAACUUGUCCGUGGUGAAUGCAUGAUAGACAUAAUCGCGCAUGCCGAGGAUAAAUACGGGCUUGAGGUCGACUAUGCCCUGCUCCCGCCUGAAGACUUCCGGAUCCGCGUGCUCAAGAACAUUCGGGAGCCGGUCUUGUUCAUUUGUUGGAACGUCGCUGUGCGACACGACGAUGUCGAACCCCGCAACAUCAUGGUGAAACCCGAUGGCAACAUCGUCAUCAUCGACUUUAAGAACGUCUACAUUUACAAGUUCACCCCCAACCGCGACAUGCACCCGCGCACGCAGAAGCAAGGGUCGUUGCCCUUACCUCCGUCUAUCAUCGAACGGCUCUGGCCUUUCCCGAGGGGAUACCAGCUCGAUUACCCAUGGAUACAUUGGAUACCCCAGAGAUGGAUUGAAGCCCGAGCGUGGCGGCCGAAUGGCUGGUGA